CGAGUCCACUAGUCACGUGCUUUCUUUUGAUGAGCUCGGCAGUGACGUAUCAGCCCAACGACCAAUCAGCUCACGGCACAGACCUAGCUUGUUUAUUGUCUCUUCCUUGUUGUUUCAACAGUGUCGGGAAGGUUUUUGUUCGACUAAGGACUUAACCAGCAUGUCAGCGACAACACAGAAUAUGUCGACAGGAGGAGUCCCUAUGCCGGUUAGUUUAGGAUUGGCCACUGCAGGAAACUUCACCUCCCUGUGCCCAAAUGGGACCAAAUGGGUUUGGGAAAUACUUGGGGAAUGUGUCAUGGAUGCACGGGAUGAGGCCAGCAUCUACCUAGGCCUCCUGUCUAUCCUCUGUUUCAUGGUGUCUUCACUUCCACAGUACUACAGCUCGUGUAAAACUGGGAAUAUGGACAGUGCCCUCUCUAUUUGGUUUCUGCUGCUGUGGUUGGGAGGUGACAGCUGCAAUCUGGUGGGCUCCUUCUUGGCAGAUCAACUUCCACUUCAGACAUAUACAGCCGUUUAUUACGUUUUCGCUGACUUGAUUAUGCUGGCCAUGUACUUAUACUACAAGAUGAAGAACAAAAUGUCGGAAAGCAGGAGGAUUGUGCACGUGGUGGGUGUCGCCUGUGUCCUGGGCUUCACCAGCCUUGCCCACCUUCCUGGGUUAGGUGCCCAGCAGGAAGUUAUUCCUUCAGAGUUCAGAAGUCGCACCUUGCUCUCGACGUCUGACUUUAAUUCAAUCAAGCCUUUUACCCCUAAAGAGAUUAUUGGUUUCUCCAUCGGCUCUGUGUCGUCAGUGCUCUACCUCUGUUCCAGACUUCCCCAGAUGUACACUAAUUUCAAGAGGAAGUCGACAGAGGGAGUAUCAUACUUCCUGUUCGCGCUGGUCAUCCUGGGAAACACUUUAUACGGCCUGAGUGUCCUGCUGAAGAACCCCGAUGACGGGCAUGACGAGACAAGCUACUUGGUCCAUCACUUGCCCUGGCUCAUCGGCAGCCUCGGCACCCUCUCCUUAGACCUCGUCAUCUCCGUCCAGUUCUUAAUUUACCGCGGAGCUCCGAUUGCGGCCUUCAGCCACGAUGAGACGACGCCUCUGAUUGGGAGCUAAACCAUCAAACUGAGAGUGUACUGGUGGACACAAACAGACACUCGAACCCUCAAAAAAUCACAUUUCCAACCAAAAUCAGGAUGAACGAAAAUUGUACAUUUUAGUUUGAUUUUAUAGUCUUAUUUAUUAUGCUCUUUUUUUAAAUGUUUACAAUGUGUUUUUAUCUGCAGAAGUACUGUGAAAGACAAAGUGCUUCUCUUGGGUUCUGCUGCAGUGAUGUGAUUUUACACUGCUCUUGAUGUUUUAAAGGGACGAUUGAGGGUUUCAGGUGUCGGACAACUUCUCCUGUCAACCUGAACUCCUGAUUUUAAAAAAGUCACAACUUCAAUUUGAUGUUGGACCUCACAAAGACACGUAGAUGUUUCUCUAAAAAAUGAUUGUGUUGUUUUUAAGUUGCCAAAUACUUUGACGGUUAUGACACUAACCGCUGCAUGAAGCCCGGUCUGAUCUUGUUGCAGUGAUACGUCUGAUCAGAAAAGAAUAAAUGUUUUGUAAAACAUUUCCAAAUGUAAAUUGUAUUUAGUCUAUUUUUAAUUGAUGUUUACACGAAGUACUGUUAUCAAAAGAAGUUUUGAGCAUUUUUGUGUUUAUUGUUAAUUUUAAAUAUCUUUAAAAUUGUAGUAAUAUUUUACUUUUUUUUCUUUUUUAAAUACAGACACUUGACCAGUUUUGUUUGCACUGGUGAUAAAAGUCACUUCACACAGAUUUCUACUACCGUGGUUAAUUUUACACAAUUACAUUUGUUCAUUCUCUGUUGUUUUUUUGCACAACAAAAGUCGGUUUUGUACUUUAAGAAAUAAUAAAUAUAUUCAAUAGGUCAGUGUGCUGUAAAAAUUAAACAAUGAAUAUCA